UGUAUGACGGACGUAACGUUGGGGCCUGGUUCGUUGGCGUUUGGGUAUAAGGAGAAUCGUUGCUUGGUGCAGUUUGAGCGUUUACUUCCUGUUUGCACUUCUCGUUACUUGGGAGCUCCUCAGACCUCGUUUGGCCCAGUGAUUGGUGCUGACGAGGCUGGCUAUGUAUUCGCAUUGAACACUGACCAAGAUUCCGUCAUGGUCAUAAACAGUAAUGAUAAAGACACUUUGAAUUGGAAUCAAUUAGUAAUAGUGAGGAAUGCAGUUGGCUUGGCUGUUGGCGAUAUGAGUGUUUGGGUUGUGACGUCUGUUGGAGAUGUAAGCUUUAUUCGGUUAAGGAAAGGGUUAUCAGUGCGAGCAGCUACACAAAAAUUGAUCAAACCCGAUUCAAUUUGUGAGGAUGCAACUGGAAUUGUGUGUGUGGCAGUUAGUGAGACGGAUCGCGUGUUUGUUGGAAUACAAAGUGGGCAGAUAUACUGUAGCAGUGGUACUUACACCAAGUGGCAUAGACUUCCCAACAUUAACAGGCGAUCGUCGUGGUUUUUUGGCUUAUUUAGUAGAAACGAUGCUACAAUUCAUUGUAUGGCGGCUUGUGUAAAUGCUCUCUAUUGUUGUAUUGGUGGUAACUAUGAUAUGUGGAGAUACAUGCCUAGGGAUGGUGUUGGCAAUGGAACGUGGCAUCACAUGAAUCUGACAAAUUUAGGUCUUCGUUGUUUAUCAGUUAGUCGCGAUAGAUUCAAUGUAUUGCUGGGAGUGGACGGUGAUGGGACUUUGUUUAUAUUUAGAGACACGAUAGAUUUUAGUGAAAGUGACUGGGUCGAAAUAAGCUCAGAAAAGUGGUUAUCUGUAGCAUUUGGUCGGAAGUUAGUAGAGACUAGUGAAUCAUCUGAUGAUGACCUGCAACCAUUACGAAAGAAAACUGCUGUGAGUACAACUACAGACUUGGGAGACUGCUCUGACGAUGAAUACGUCACAGCUCGGAAUUUUGGUUUUUCACGACAGCAAACAACGUGGGAGUCUACGCUAAAGAUCGAUGUGAAGCAAUCUGCUCAACGCUGUACUGCCGCGACUGGAAGACAGUUUGCACACUCUGCUCAUUCAAAUGUUCUUUACGACAUUCCAUUCAAAAUCAAGUCUUUUGAGCACAUCGAGUCAUGCUUGUCUCAACUUCAGGAAGUUGAAAGUAUUAUGGACAUAGACAGUGAUGUAGAACAGUUCUUUUACGAUUUCAAGUUAGAGAAAAGUCUCGUGUCUUCAAUUUUAGAGUUUAACCGUCACAAACUAUCUAGUGGUAGUUCAGCCACAGACUCAGGCGGGUUUUGUGAUGACGUGGAUUAAUGGGUCAAUGAGUAGAUAAUAUUGAUAUGGUGCCAUUUUCUGUCACUUUGAAUCUACUGGCUUUUGGACCUUCGCAUUAGCUUGGUUGAUGGUUGGUGACUGUCAUGUGAUGUUAAGAGAAGAAACCAGUGCAAUUGACAGUUUAAUGUGGAUUUGAAGUCAGAGGAAAUUGUGCAGAUUUGGAGGUUACUCGAGUAGCAAUAUAUACUGCAGAAUUACUUUUAGUUAAGUUUAUGUCUGUGUGUUUAUAAGCAAUUUCAUAUUCAUAUUUAAUGUAGAAUACAUGUGUAGUCAGACUGCCAGUCAGAAUGAGCUGAUUGGCAGGAUUAACAUCACAUUUGUAUAGUUUGUAUGAAUGAAUGUAUGAUGCUAUCGUUGU